AUGGAGACUUGGAAAAGGCCGGCCGGUGAGGUGCGUCUCCAGCUGCGCUGUCAGACGAUCCAGUGGAACGAGCAGCAGCCCAUGUACCCGUCCCGGCUGUGCCGGUGUGUCUCCCAGCUUGAGCGGCGCCGGCCGACCGCUGCGCUGCUCUACAACUGCCACGUCCACACACGAUGCGGUGCUGGUCUCGGCCGCGACCGACGACGACCGACGGCCGACGCGCCGGCUCCCGGCGGCGAGCGGGCGGUACGGGCGCUGCUGCAGCUGCCGACAGCUGCCGCCGCCGCGGACAGCUGCCCGCUGCUGGUCGUGGAUGUGCCCCGGCCGCACGGACACUCAGGUACCUCGCGAUCGGCACGGAGCCACACCACGGAGAGGAACCUACCUGCAGUGUCACCCAACACCCCCGCUGCGGCGGCCGUCUCCCCCACUCCGCCGGCGCCGCCCGCCGCUCCGACUUUGGCCUGGCUGCCGGCCCUGGAGCGUCUGGAGGUGUGCCUUCAGAUCAGCGCGGUCACCGUCACCGUUCCGGCCGGUCCAGAGAGCGGCGGCGGGGCGGCCGGGGACGCGGAGCGGACGGCGGACCCGCUCCCCGCCGCGGCCGGCCACCACCCGGCGCCGGUACCGGGCCGGGUCCGCAGCAGUAGCGACUCGGGCCACCGGUACUGCCUGCACGGACAGCUGGUCUCUGUGCUGCCGUCAGUCCGACUGGACAGCGCUGCGCUCAAAUCGGCCGCCCUGCCGACAGUGCCGGAGGUGCCCGUCCGACUCACCAGACCUUCAGCGGCCGCAGCCGGCUCCCAGCUGCGCUCGCCGAGCCAGACGCAGCAGGUGAUGUCGCCGUCGGUCGUGGUGCGCGACUGUGCGCCCAUCCCGCGUCCAACACCUCCCCCCCCCCACAACGCGCGCUGUAGCGCCUGCCGAGCGCCGGCUGCUGCCGGGCCCGCCGUCGUAGUUUUAUGGCCUUGCGCCGUCACUCGCCAGCUGGUGGUGGCGACCCGUGAUCGCUCGCGUACGUUCGCCGGCGCGCCCAUUGCAGAGAAGGGGUUCGCGCAUGCCCAUUGUAGAGGGGCGCGCCCCUUGCGGAGGCGGUACGCGCUACGCUGUAGACACUACUGCUUGUACCUGGUUGGGUAGCUCCUUUGCACAUUGUUUGUUCAUGGAUGUAAAUACAAGUUACAUGACUGAUGA